AUGUCCUCCAGCGGUAUCUCCGAGGUGUUGUUCAAGAAGGUCGAUGAUUACGUCGACUCGCUCGCCCCUCAGAUCCAACCCCGCAUUGCGUCUGAGCUUGAGCUCUUUCAACAGAAGACCAUUGACAGCCUGGAGACGCAAGUUAUCGAUGCUUUCCGCUCGCUUUUCAAUAAGGACAAGCCAGUCUCGUCGGAUGGCAGCCGAGGUCCCUGGAACUUGAACGACGCUGCACCAGAUGCUUACGGCGGCCAAUCCCUUCCUUUCGCCGACGAGAUCGCCAAAUUGACGCGUAGCUUCAGCCAGAUUUCCGACGAAGCAAGCGGCGACUUGCGCGAUAUCUUUGACCUCACUGAAGGCCAUGGCGGUGCGAGGCAGACCCAAUCUCGUGGUCUCGGAGAUGAUGAUGGCGACUUCUCUCGAAAAGCUCGUGGCUUUCUUUCCUCAGCUCUCAAUGCCGUUCAAGACAACUUUGACAACAAUCAAGGCUCGAGUGGCCAGAAUUUCGAGAUUGGAGGGCUUCUUGGUAUGAUUAGCAACACCAUCAAGGAUGCCGCCCAGAACCCCGAAGAGAAGGCACGGCUUAUCAGUCCCGAGAUCAAGCAGACAGUCGGUGACAGGCUGCGCAUGCAGCAUGCACCUAUUGCGGAACAAUUCACUCGUAUCGCCCUGGACCACAUUAAGCGCUGGCUACGUGGAAACACGAGCACACGCGAUCUUGGUGAUGGUGCCAAGGCCGAGAUUGCAGAUCAAGUAGGUGAUCUGGUGAAGGGUCUUGGAGGCCUGUUUGGAAGCAAGAAAGCUAGCAGCGAGGGUUCAGCUAGGGGCUUCGAUGAGUCGAGUCGCGACGGGCAAGAACAAGGCAGUGGUGGCGGCUUCUCCAGGGUCCUCAGUGACAAGCUCAGCACAGGUCUUGCAAAGGUUCAUAGGGAAGUCCGUUUGGAGUUCCGCAAAGUACUAGGAGAGAUCGAGAAGCAAUUGUUCGAAUUGUUGCCAGACCAGUUCCAGCGCCCGCUCGAGAAGAUCCUCGGUGGCAACCCCUUCGACUCUCAGCUAGAUCGCGAUGCAUCUGGCCCGGCAGACCGCGGUUUCGGUGACGAUAUCAAGGCUAAACUUCUUAGCAAGGUCCGCGCCCUUGUGCAGAAAGUUCAAGAGACGCUCCGAGAGAGCAUCUUAGGUGUCGUAAACGGCGGUCACCGCAAGUUCGAGCGCGAGAGCUGGGUCUUCGUGCAAACCACGGUCGAGCAAAAGGUGCAGAGGUACCUGCCCGACGUGAAGAUCAAUGUGCCGGAUGACAUCGGCAACGAGAAUGUCAGCGUAGGCACUCCGACCUCAAACAUACAGAUGAGUGGAGGGUACCAGGCUCCAUCCUCACAGGGCAACUUCCGUCCGGAUCCUCCGCAGGACACAUACAACGACCAGGGUCACGGCCAACAAACAUACAACUAUCCAGCGCGGUAUCAGAACGACCAGCAGUACCGUGGUGAGCCGAAUCGACAGUAUCAGGACUACCACUCUCAACAGUAUCCUCCCCAAAGUUCCCGACCUGAGCAAUACGCACCACCUCAGCAAGGCUAUUCGCAGCCAAACUACCCCCCGCAGGAUCAUCCUCAGCGCGAUUACUCCCAGCAAGGGUAUCGCGGCAACGAAUAUCCUCUGCAGGGGUACGAACGACGAUACUAG